AUGCUAUUUUAUGCGGGGUUUGCAAGAGCAGCACAAUUUAAACGGUCGUUGGCUGCCUUGGUUUCUGCUACUUCGAUAGCCUUGCUACAAACUAAACAACGACUAAGCGUUGUUGGAAUAUUUGGAAACUUUGAUCUCCUGCGAUCAGAAGAUAAUUCUGAAAAUGGCAAUGCUGCGAAAAGAACGACGACAGAAAUGCCAGUAAGACCAAACUAUCGUGCUCCGAGAUUACCUAUCGUUUUGUGCCACGGUCUUUUUGGUUUCGACAAACUUGGCCCUUCCUCUAUUCCAUAUUUGCAAAUACACUAUUGGAGUGGUAUUGAAGAAGCCUUACAGAAAUUAGGCGCGAAAGUUGUGGUUACCAGGGUUCCAAGAACCGGUUGCAUUCGGGCUCGUGCCCAAGCCUUGCAUCACGCCUUAGAAUCAAUCUUAUCCGAUAAAUGUAAUGUGAAUUUGUUGGCGCAUUCGAUGGGUGGACUAGAUUGUAGAUGUCUGAUUUCUCAACUUCCUACUGAGAAAUAUAUCGUUCGAACAUUGACUACAGUAGCAACUCCACACCGCGGUAGUCCAUUUAUGGAUUGGUGUCGGGAUAAUAUUGGAGUGGGCGGAAUUAGUCAAACGUUUGAAGAAGCUGCUAAAGUUGUAGAUGAUGCUUUAAAACAAAUGGCUGAGAAAACACGUGACCAUCAGAACCCCAAUGAUUCAAGAUCAUCUCUAUCAGAAUUAAGGGUUCAAGAACAGUCCUUAAGGUCUCCUUCUCAAGCAGAAAAUAUUGUAAAUUCUCGUGGUAUUAUUGUUAGCACAAAAUCGGAUAAAUCUGAAUCAUCCAAUGCUUCUAAUAAGAAAUCAUUCAGCAUACCUAUUUCUUUUAACCUUCCGAAUUUUAACCUUUCUCUUCCAAACAUUAACCUUUCAAACAUGAACCUUUCAAAAAUUAAUCUUUCAAAAAUUAACCUUUUUAGCCUAUCUUCUAUUUCACAAGCAACAUAUACUAUCUUGCAUCCCGUUACCCAAUCUUUAAUUCACGCUUUUGAUACUCCUGCUUACAGUAAUCUCACUACUGAUUAUUGUGUUAACUAUUUUAAUAAGGUUACUCCUAAUGAUCCAUCAGUUGCAUACUAUUCAUAUGGUGCUUCUACAAAUGUUCCAUUUUGGUCACCUUUAUAUUUUCCUCAUCAGAUAAUUAAAGAAAAAGAAGGUCCCAAUGAUGGAUUGGUUAGUGUUAAAUCUGCUCAAUGGGGCAAAUAUUUGGGGACUGUAGAAUGUGAUCAUUGGGACUUGACUAAUAAAUGGAGAAUUAAAAUAGGUUCAAGCUUUGAUCCUAUUGAAUUUUAUUUAAAAGUUGCAACUUUUUUGGCAGCUGAAGGUUAUUAA